UUGAUGAACCAGCGAGGAGACCUCGCAGAGUAACGCAUACUAAUCUAUCGUCAUAUUUAUUUUAGCCAAAAUUGUGGCAAGGAAAACUAAUUCCGACUAUACAUUGGCAGAACAAGAAAAACUAGUCAAAAACAACUGCUGACAAGGUGUUUCAAGCCUAAAGAUAAGAUUUCCUAUAUUUACAUUUUUUCUUAAUAUUUUUUAUAAUAUUUCAUUGAAGUGGAUCAUCUUAACAGCACGCAUGGACACCAUCAUGGACAGUUUUGGGUCGGAGAAACUUUUCCCCAGCGCCAACCUGUUGGACCUUGAGGAUCUGAAUGAAGGCGAUUUUCUCAACAACGUACCAUUCUCCGAACAGAUGGAGGACUUCUCCAGUGUGCUGUUCAGCAGCUUCUUUGAUGAGGGGCUGUUGGCAGAGCGAGGCCCCCUGCUAGCCAUAGACAUGGACCAGCCUCCCAGCCCAGACAUCCAGGCCGAGCACAGCUACUCCUUCAGCGGAGACUCUGCCCCCCAAAGCCCCUCCAUGUCAAUCAAGAUGGACGAGGACGAAGAGUUUGAGGGCAUGUGGAACUUCAGCCAGGACCUAACUGCCAUCUUGGUGAAGCAGGAGCCAGGAGGUCACGGACCGGAGCCUCAUCCAGCAGGCCCCGCCGCCCAGCCCCUCACCCUGGCCCCACCCCCCCACAGGAGCACCCCCCAGGAUCCGAGUUGCAGAGACGCUGGUGCGAGUGCUGUCCCCACCAUUAAGGCUGAGCCCGGAGAGAACAACCAGUUCCUCAACGUACCAACAGAUGACCAGCUGCAGCUGCCCCCCACCCCUCCCAGUAGCCAUGGCAGUGACAGCGAUGGCUCCCAGAGCCCCCACUCCCUACCUCCCUCCAGCCCCUCCCGCCUGCAGGCCCGCUCCUCCGCAGCCAUCUCCACCUCCCCCCUCCUCACUGCUCCACACAAGCUGCAAGGAACAUCGGGCCCCCUGAUGCUGACGGAGGAGGAGAAGAGGACGCUGGUGGCCGAGGGUUACCCCGUGCCCAACAAGCUCCCCCUCACCAAGACGGAGGAGAAGGCCCUGAAGAGGGUCCGACGCAAGAUCAAGAACAAGAUCUCAGCCCAAGAGAGUCGCAGGAAGAAGAAAGAGUAUGUGGAAUGUCUGGAGAAAAAGGUGGAGAACUACAACUCCGAAAACACUGACCUGUGGAAGAAAGUGGAGACACUGGAGAGUGCCAACAGGUCUCUGCUGCAGCAGCUCCAGAAGCUCCAGUCUCUGGUCACAGGAAAGAUUCCCCGUUCCUCCAAGAUGGCCUCUACACAGACCAGCACCUGCCUUAUGGUCGUGGUGCUGUGUUUUUUCCUGGUUCUGGGCUCCCUGGUGCCCUGUCUGCCUGAACUCUCCUCUCUGUCCCACACCGUCAAGUCCACCUCUUCACCCCCCCCCUCGACUGACCUUUACACCACCAGCCAGGUCCGUUCCCGCAGCCUGCUCUUCCAUGACGAGAGCUCCCAGAUGGAGGACAGUCCCCGGAGCGUCCUGAAGAUGGAGGCAGAGGGCUGGGAGGGGCCAGGGCCGAGUCUCACCGUCCACCACACCCACCACCAUGCCCAGCAGCCCCACGACCACGGCCAGCAGCCCCACGACCACGGCCAGCAGCCCCAGACAAGCCGGUACCGGGCCCAGGCCCACUCCGAUUCCCGAGACCUCAAUGGAACCAGCGGCCCAUUCCACCAAGAAGAGCCGCGGUUUCACAAAAGAGAUCUAAAUCCGGAUGGGGCGGAAUCCUUCUAACCCUUUAGAGGCGGGGCUUCCUCCACUGACCCCUGACCCCUGACUCCUGUAGGGGUGUGGUGGCUCCACGCUGCCCCCUAGUGUCCCUAACUCUCCAACCCCUGGCAUGUAUCCAUCCCUCUAGCCCUGCUGUACCUGACCUCUGACCUCCAUCCCGCCCCUUCAGCUAACCAGUCCUCCAACCCACAAGCCCUCCAGCUUCCCCGUCCUCCCAGCCUUCCAGCCCUCCAGGACCCAGAUCCUUCCAGCCCUCCAGCUCAUCAGCUCCAUCCAGCAAAUCUGGCCUCAAACCCUUCCAACCAUCCCCUUUCAGAGUGCCCUCCCAGCCCCACACAAACCCCUAUGUUCACACCUUGCUGUUCCAUCCCUGCUGUUCCUGCCACCUUCUGUGGGCCCUACUUCCACCUGUCCCCCCCCACGUCCACCUCCUCGCCGACCAGCUACCCCAAGGACCUCUUGCAUGCCUAGCCAACAGAGAGACGACAGAAAUAGAGGAGGAGAGAAAACAUAGAGAGAAAGCAGGAGGCAAGACAGAGACCUGCACUGUAAAGCCCUACAUCACUCAUCCAUGCCUUACCGUUGGGUUUUAUAUGGGAGAGAGGUGAGAUAUGGGGGAUCUGAGUGUAAUGACUAGUGUGUGUGUGUGAGUGUGUGAGUUUGUGUAAAUCUUGUGAAGUGGGUGAGCGUGGGUGCUCUGUGUCUGUGAUUCCUGCACAGUUCCACACACUGCAAGUUUCCAAAAAUACCAUAAAGAGAAGAGGAGGAAGAGGAGAGCAGAGGAGAGGCAGUUUCAGGUGAAGGGUGACAGUAGUUAUGACAGAUCAGGUAGGAGGAAGAGAUAGAAAGAGUUAAGAAUGGAGAGGGAGAGUGUGUUAAAAGUAAAAUACAAUAUAUAUAUAUAUAUAGAAAUCUUGACAUCCACUUUGGGUGUCAAAAACAAUCUUUAGUUCUUUUCUCUCCCCUCACCCACUUCUGACUUUAUGUAGAAGCCUAAAAUGAAAAAAAUGAAAAAAGGAAAAUAUUGUUGCAUAAACUCCAAAGAUAAUCCACCAACAUUUAUACUCCAUGCACUCAGUGCCCAACACUAUCGGUCACACACACACACAUACGCACACACUCACACACACAGCUUGCCGUUGUAUUGCACUUUUCUGGAUUGUAUUACAAGCUGUUGGAUCAAAGUGCCUUCAAUUCUGUCAUCACCUGCUUUGGGCUUGUGGUCAAGUGGGUUAUUUUUGCUUUCAACCCCAAAGCUCUGUUUAUGGAAUCUAAAUCAUACAGUAUGUAAUAUAUAUACUCUGCAUCAAAAAGAGCAUAUUUAUUUUAUGCAACAAAAAAAGAAAAUAUGUUUGUGAACAUAAAUUUGGAUUAUGAUGUCAUGUUUACAUGAUCUUGUUUGUUUUAACUGUUAAACAGUUCCUCAGUUUUUGUAUUUAUUUCUGUAUCAAGAAAAAAAAAAGUUUUUGUAUAUAUUGAACAGGGACAAUUGAUGUACAUAAAAGUGAGAGGUCGCAGUGCCCCCACCCCAGGAUUGCCCCCCCCCAAUCCUUCCAGGUCCAAACUCUGGCAGCCUCUCUGUCUUCACUAUGACCAGCCGUCUCAGAGCCGACCAGACCAUGUUCCUACCAGCUGUAGAUCCAGCAGCUUUAUCUAAACACCUCAUUAUCCAGAUGUGAUAAGACACCCAGUGACGAUCCUUGAGCCUUAAUUUGAAUUCAGUGCUGUAAUCUACCAGUCCAAUUUCCAGUCAUGGCAGUACUGAGAAGCAGGAAGAAGAUGUGUCAAAGAAACACAAAACCAUGAGUCAUGUCUGCUCUCUGCCUCUCUAUAUCCAUCUAAACUCUCCUCUUUACCCUGUUCUUCCUCCUCCUUCUUCCCAUCCUUUUCAUCCGCCUCCUCUUCUUCAACCCCCCUUCCUUCUUCAUGCUGUGGGGGAGGGAGAGGGGGAGGAUCCGGAAGGAUUUCAGAAGGAGAGGUAAGGGAAGUAGGAGGGCAUGUUGACCCCAGAGAGAGUGACUCAUUUUGGGGUUAGAGGUUGAGUGAAAGAAGUUUUGAGGUUAGGCUAGGUUUACAAAAGAGAUGAGACUCCCAAACCUGCCUUACUCACACACAAGUCAAUUCUCCUUUAGCCUGGCCCAGCCUAACCUGGCCCAGUCUGGUCUACUCUGGUCCGGUAUGGUCUGGUCUGGUAUGGUCCUGGAAUAUAUCAAGGCUGCCAAACUUAAAAGAGACAGAAAAUCACAAUUUCACCCAGACAUUCCAAAUCCUCUGUUGUUGUUUUGCAUUUGAUGAUGCCCUAUUGUACAUAACCAUGACAACAUGAAUACUCUUGCUGUAAAUAAGGGGAGGUAUUUUUGUAUUUUAGAUGUAUUUUGGUAUUCACCUUGUGUUCAGGGUUGACCAGAGGAGGGGGGUGUGGGUCUCUGGCCUCUGGCCUCUGGCCCAGCUUCUGGAGCCCUCCACCCCCUGAACUGGACUUCUACAUUAAUCUCCUAUUUAGUCUCGUAGAUUUAGAAUCAAGCAAAAUAUAAAAUCUGCAUCAGCAAAAACAUUGUCUUCCUCUGGUUAUUCUGUCUGCCUGAGUUUAUUUUACAUGGUUCAUUUACAGUAUUCUGCCAUUUUUACAUGUAGUUCCAGGAAUAUCCACUAGAGGUCAAACUUAGUCCAUUUUCAUCACAUUUUCUUUUACUUUAACUGAAUAACAUCCAUUACCUUCCUUUCUAUAUGUGACUUACUGACAUAAUAGAACACCCACACAAGCCAGGUGCUGGGGUGAAUAGAGUCUUGAGGUGACUGUGCAGUUGUGUAAAGGUCACCGACUGACCUUUGGAGCAUUUGACUGGUUACGCCAUGUCUCUGUGUCAGGAUGCCUGGCUCUGUGCUUACUGGAGACAAGCUUCUAGCAUGGUAUGUUUUAACUACGGUAGCUAUCCUUACUAUGAUGAUCCCAGUAUGGUUGUAGUAUGACCCAGUAUGGUCCCAGUAUGAUCCCAGUAUGACUCCAGUAUGACUCAAGCAUGAUCCCAGUAUGAUCCCAGUAUGACCCCAGUAUGACUCCAGUAUGACUCAAGCAUGAUCCCAGUAUGGUCCCAGUAUGAUCCCAGUAUGACUCCAGUAUGACUCAAGCAUGAUCCCAGUAUGACUCCAGUAUGACUCAAGCAUGAUCCCAGUAUGACUCCAGUAUGACUCAAGCAUGAUCCCAGUAUGGUCCCAGUAAUCCCAGUACUGUAUAUAGCAUAUAUUGGCCAGUCUCGCUUCUUGAAACUGACAUCUCUAAAUCACAUGAACCACAGCCAGCAUUCUCCUGUGUUGCAACCAUAAGGAAGACCAGCGAAUUAGAGAUGGCCCUGAGGCCGGCCCGAGGGGAAAGGUCGCAGGUGAGACAAGUUCUGGGCUCUCACCCAUUACCAUGGCAACGCCAAUGUACUGUAUGAGGCUGACAGAGCCGUCCAACCUUGCUGCCUCUCUCUUGUGAUACUGUGCACAUACACAUGCACACACAUACACAUACACAGACCACAAACACACAGACCACAAACACACAUACCAC